AUGCUCCAACAUCGGACCAUGCUCUCACGCCGUGAGCAUCUGAAGGCAGUAGGGGGGUCUCUGUCUCUCAUUCGCCGGUUUUCGGCUACUCAGAUUCAGGCGAAAAACAACACAAGCUCGCCCAACUUGCUGUGUUUGUCUAUUUUCCAUAACCGGUCACUGAUCGCUAUAGCCACCCGUGGAAUAAGAAGAGACAAUGUUCCACCAGUGAAUUUGAACUUUAGAAACGCCAAUACCGAUCGACCUCGUCCCCGACGGAUAAUUGAUGCGAGAUCUCUCGCCGCGUCUCGAACCGCUGGCCAACCAGCGAAUAUUCUCAAAGGUCCCAGAGCUCGAACACUUCCGAACAGCGGCGGACCAGCACUCACUCGAAGCACCAGAAGGAUUACGAAGACAAAGCUUGCAUCCAAAGACAGGAGACAGGGCCGCCCCCAACGAUCACAGGAACUCGGGGGUGAAUCUGAGGAGUUGUAUCAUGAAGCCGCGAUCAAUUCCGUGUAUCGAGAAAUCACGGAGCAAGCCCAACCCAGGCUUAUUCGAUACAACCCCAACUCGGUUUCGUUGUCAUCGUUGAGGGAGACGUGGCCUUCAUUUCCUUCCGAUAUCCGUGCUAAUACCGCCGGCGUCGUCGAAAAGUUGUCAUUAUUCAGCGACCGCUUUGCCAAUGGCUAUGUACCGCCAUAUGAGCUGGGUAGGCGGCUAUACCAGGGGAAAUAUGUCCGCUUUGCCAGUGAACAAGAAAGGUCUGAGGCAAUUUUUGAGGCGAACAAGCUCUCCCAAAAACAUGCGGACAAGCUGUCUCAACAGAAAGGCGAUCUUGUAGAUCCAAAUCAUGUCAACUUCAGACCAAUCAACACAAAGGACCAGAAUACACUUAUUGGGUUGCUUGUCAAGGGCAUCUAUCCUAAGUCAGAAGACAAACAGGAGGACAAGUUGUCAGUCCUUGACCAGGUUUCGGAAAACCUCAGAAAUAAUGCGACGUAUCAGACGGUUGGGAAGAGUUCUACGUUCAUUACGAAGUUGGAUUCGCUUUUAGCAUCGAGUCGCCCUACGAAACGCGCUUGA